AUGUUUCUAAAAACCUCAAUUUCCACUACCAAAAAGCUCAUCCAGAAAACGUUAUACAAUGUGAAAUAUUUAUUCUCUGGUGGAGGUGGAGGUGGUGGAUAUCAAAAGAUUCCAAAAACCUACACAGAGCAGAAGAGGAUAAUAAUAAUGUCGUCUCUGCCGCCAACAAAGGAAGACCAAGUUUCAAAGAGGAAGGAGAUAAUCAUGUACGAUGGAAUAAAUAAGAAAUAUGAAGAAAAAAGAAUUAGAGAUGAAACGAGUUAUUUGGUGGCUCAAAAGCUAGACGAAUUGAAAAUGUUAGAGAAUUACAAAGACGAACAUGCUCUCGAUAUUGAACAAGUUCUUUAUUACUACUCGCGUCUUACUUGCCCCGCUUAUGUUGAAAUUGUGGACAAAUUUUUCAUGCAAAUUUACUCUGAACUUUUUGGAGCUAGUACAGUUAAUUAA